AUGUCACAAGGAAACCAGAGUGCCCUUACAGUUGUAACGGAGUUUUUCAUCGUUGGCUUCCCAGGACUUCAGCCGGAGUAUUAUAACUUACUGGCUACUACUUUUUUUGUCAUUUUUGUAUUGGCUGUAUUGGAGAAUUCAGUUCUGGUGGUGUCAUUUACAAGUGCACCAAGCCUCCAGAAGCCUAUGUAUAUCACUAUGUUGAGCCUGGCUCUGUCUGACAUUGGAUUUUGCACUGCGGCUUUGCCCAAAAUAAUAUCUCGCUACUGGUUCGACAAUGGCUCUAUCUCCUUCUCUGUCUGUCUCUUGCAAAGACAGUUCAUCCACUAUUUUGGGACACUAAACUCUCUGAUUAUGAUGAUCAUGGCUCUUGAUCGAUAUCUGGCUGUUUGCUUUCCACUUAGAUACCCUGUGUUGAUGACCAACCGAACUAUGACCCUCAUAUCAGGGCUAUCUUGGGCAUCAGCCAUGAUUAUUCCUAGCAUUGGCACAAUACAAACUGCCCAGAUGUUGUUCUGUGGACCCAAUCUAAUUAUUCACUGCUACUGUGAUGGCAUCUCUCUGUAUAGUUUAGCUUGUGGUGAUAUAAAUUUGCAGAUGUACAUUUCGACCACAGUGGCUUCAAUUAUACAACUUUUACCUUUCAGUUUCAUUAUUUUCUCCUAUUUCAGCAUCGGGGUGUCAGUGAUCAGAACUACAAACAACCAGGGCAGGCUAAAAGCUUUCUCCACAUGUGCCACACAGUUGUCCAUCAUUUGUUUAUAUUACAUUCCACGUAUCUUUGUUUAUCUCACACCUUAUUUACCCAACUUAAAAAUGAAUUCAGAUGAGAAAAUUGCAGUCACUAUGUUUUAUGGGUUUUUCCCUCCUCUAGUGAACCCACUCAUAUACUACUUUAGGACCAAAGAGAUCCAUCUAUUACUGCAGAAUUGGUGUUCUCAGAAAAAGGAGAAAGGCCAUAAAAUGAAUAUUGUAGCAAUUUUAAAGUAG